UGUAGAAAACAUAAAUGUGGUCAAAAAUACAACAAAGUGUGAAAAAUUAGAUUAAUUGCAAAAAAAAUGUCUCUCGUGUUAUGCGAAACGGUUAAAAAGUAGUACUCGAACAAAAUAACGAUCAAGGUUUAACAAUUUCUUCGCCUACAGGCAGAACGGUUUGCGUGUGUGCGCGACAUUUUAUGGAGCUAAAUUGCGUUGCUUUGUUUGACACUAUAACUCAAAAUUUUGUUUGCAGAAAUUAUCCUACAGGGACAGCCAAAGAUUAUGUUUUGUUAUAUAAAUUUAUCGACCCUGUAAAUUGGAUUUCAAAGGAGUUAAGACUACCUCUACAAAAUCUCCUCUACAAGUAAAUCCAAAUCAACGAAAUAGCUGUUGUCUAACUUUUCACUUCAUACAUGCGAAUCAGACUGGCCUAACAUUACCACAAGCAGUUAUGAUGCAGCUAAACUCAAACGACGGUUCAAAUACCGAAUUACAGUAACCCAUAAAAUAUUUAUAUAAAAAUAAGGACACAAACUAAAACUAACUAAAUCAACAAUAAUCGAUAAAUAAAAUAAAAAUCCAACAUUUUUACGACGGGCAUUCCGAUUACGACCAAAAUUAUAAUAAAACGAAAAGUAUCUGCGAUACGGCGAAUAGUUCACCGCCACCGACAAUCCCCUCGCUCCUUGAGAGUGUUGCGGUGAAAAAUGUCCACGUUUUUAAACAAUUUCUUCCCAGCAGAUACAACUGCAAUGGAUCCUAUUUUUUAUUCUCCUUCAAACGGUAUUCCUUCAGAAAGUAAACUUGCAACGUACAUGGUAACCCCACAAUCUCCCGAAUUCAUUCCAAAUCGUAUCAAUUCGUCCCCAAAUUUCUACACACCUUAUCAUACGCCUAUGCUGAAUAAUGGCCUUGGAGGAGGUGGUGGGCAGGUCAAUGUAGGCGCCGGGGUUGGAACAACUGCAGCGAAAUCCGUGAAUGGUACACCCCCAUCUCUGCUGGGUCUACAAAAAGCAACGGCUGCUGCUGUGGCGCAACAAAAACAACUACAGCAACAACAUCACCACCAACAUCAGCAACAAUCGCAACAGCAGCAACAACAGACACAAUCCGCGCACGCGCUAGUGAACGGAGUUAUUGCGCCAAACCAGCCUCCAACUGGCGCACCAGCGUACGUUAAUAUGUCGACACCGCUGAAAGUGCGCGGCAAUAUGCUGCACAACGAUUCACCAACGAAUCUUGUAACCGGUGGCGGUGUUGGUAGUGGUGGUGGUGGUGAAAAAUCUCCACCGCGCAUUACACCGCAUGUCUCGCCUAUACCCACAACGCUGCCGGCGAACGUACAUCAGGAGAACGUAGGUGGCACCAUCUACUUUUACCCAACUGCCAACCACACAUCCGCCGCCAACAAUAGCACCGUGGUGAGUAAUGUCGUUGAUCCAGUUAGUUCGCAUCACGUGCCGCCUUCAGCAGUGGCGCCUAUACCGGCCGUACAACCGCCCAUGCUAUACACAGGUCAUCAUGUGUAUCCAGGACCGGCUUCCAAUUUAAUUGCGUUACAACCGAAAACACACUUGGAAUCCGUCUUCUUCCUGCCCGAUGAGAUACGUUCAGAAAUUCUUGCCCGCAAUGAGAUCUCGAAUUUAAUGCUGGAUCCGGCCGAUGUGAGCCAACAUGCCCUACCACCGGAAGUAGACAAUUAUCACUCACUAUACCCACUAGAACCGGUUCAGGCGCUACAUGGGAAAAUUACCCUCCUAUCAUCCACUUAUAAGGCAACACACAACACUACUGGCAUUAAAUAUUGUUUAAGGAGAUUACAUGGUUUCCGCCUACAGUCAACAAAAUGUAUGACCGUGGUGGAGAUGUGGAAGAAAUUGCAACAUUCGAAUGUGGUACAACUGCGUGAAAUAUUCACAACAAAAGCAUUUGGUGAUAAUUCGUUAGUAUUAGUUUAUGAUUAUCAUCCCGGUUCACAAACUUUGCUUACUAAGUACUUUACGCCCACACAGGAGCCCAACGGCUACCCCGAUCCAUUCCAAGGUGAUGCACGUCCGUUCAGCCACAAGAGUAACUUACAGCGUACCAAUAACGGACCAUUGUUGCCGGAAGCGACUAUUUGGUCAAUUAUCAUGCAACUAACAGCCGGUUUGCGUGCAAUACACCAGGCAGGACUCGCCUGCAAGGUCUUGGAUCCAACGAAAGUACUUGUGACUGGUAAACGGAUACGCUUGAGUUUUUGUGGUACAAGCGAUAUAGCACAAUUCGACCCUAAUGCAGCGAAUCCUUUGGCAGUGACGAGCAUGCACCAACAAGAUGAUCUCACUGCUUUGGGUCGGCUGGUGUUAGCCCUUGCAUGUCGAUGUUUACAGUCAGUGCAGCGGGAGAAUGUUCAAAACAGCAUUGAAAUGAUAUCCCGCCACUACUCUGCUGAUCUGCGCAAUUUUAUUGUUUAUUUGUUUUCGCCGACGCAACGACGCUCAGUAACUGAUCUUAUGCCAAUGAUUGGCGCACGUUUCUACACACAAAUGGAUGCAUUGCAGAGCCUUUGUGACAUACAAGAAGACGAGCUGGCCAAAGAGAUGGAGAAUGGUCGGCUUUAUAGGAUUUUGGUGAAAUUAAACUGUAUAAAUGAAAGACCCGAUUUCAACUUGGAUUGCACUUGGUCAGAAACUGGUGAUAGAUAUAUGCUGAAACUGUUUCGUGAUUAUUUGUUUCAUUCCGUCACAGAAGAUGGUCGUCCAUGGCUAGAUCACGCACAUAUCGUAAACUCUUUAAAUAAACUGGAUGCCGGCGCUUUAGAAAGAGUUCAAUUGAUGUCACGUGACGAACAAUCUGUCUUAAUUGUUACAUAUGCUGAACUAAAAAAUUGUCUGGAAAAUGCAUUUGCCGAACUUGUGAUGAAUGCACAGACAUAAUGCUUUCAAAAAGCCAAUAGGACCUGCAUCACCAACAGUCCCACCCAACAUCUUUGGCAAAUUCAUUACAAGCAUUGUCAUUAAAAAGCAAGCAAAUAUAAUUACAGUAACAGUCGCUUUAUUUGGUAGCAUUAAAAAUUGUUGUAACUGUACUGUUAAUGUAUGUAAAAGACCACCGUCUGUUAUGUGUGAGGGGAACUAAGCACGAGAAUAUUUGUAACGCAGAAGUAUACAAGCUUUUUUUCUACAAAUGAAAUCCGUCGGAAACUUCGAUAAUUUACUCCACCCCCCCUCCCCCCCUCUCUUUUUCAAAAACUGCAUAUCUAUUUAUCCCUGCGACAUAUAAUUAUUAAGCUAAAAAGAUUUUAAUGUGGAAACAAAGGAAAAAAUGAAGACUAAUAUAAAUCGAAAGAAACUGAAAUUGAAACAAAGUACUUUUAAAAAGUCUUAAAUAAUCAGAGCAAAAAAUGAAGAAAAAAAAAAACAGAGAAACGAAAAUAAACAUGUAUGAACGAGGGCAAGUAGUUUUACUUGUGAUAUCUAUUGAAACAAGUGUUUGGCGCUGUCUAUUGAAUACUAAUAAGAAGUUUUUGUUGUUGUUGUACGAGAAAGAAUGACGGAGUAAAUAAUCUAUUUUUACAGAAAAGUUGAAAAUACAAAAACAUACUUGUAUUGAAAUUAAAAGCGAUCGACAAGUGAAUGUAAGACCUACAACAAGGGCACCAUGUUGAAAUUUGGGGUAAUCGGAAAUCGGAAACUCAACAAAACCAGUAUCUCGUUCUAUGAACCGACUAUUUAAUAAUUAUUUGACUGGCGAAUUGAGAGAGACUUAAUAUUUAGUAUUUACUGUUUUUGUUCAGUUUAUAUAUAAAACAAAAAUAAAAACUAUUAUUGUAGUUUUGGAUUAUUUGCUGCAGUCGUCUACCGGUUGCAGUUUUUCGCUAUUCCCUUCUUUGCAAGGGUAAAUUUUUAUUGUUUUUUUUUUAUAUUAAAACUUCCACUAAGAUAAAAUACAUAUAUAUACAUAGUGCGAUCAGUUUCUUCCUAUUUAAUUUAAAACUUUAUUCGUUUAUACCUGAGUGAUAAAAAAAUCUGUAAACAAAUUAUACAAUACAUGUUAUCAGAAUUGUAAUGCAAUUUAUUCAGUUGAGCUUGAACUUACCGAUACCGCACUAUCAAAGGAGCCCAACUUGUUUCUUCUACAAGAAAAUUAAGUAAUCUUAAAUUAUUGUACUUGAAUAAGACUUAUAUUUAAUAAAAAAAAUUAAUAAAAUUAA